GAAUACGUGCAAGAAGGAAUUCGAUGGACACCAAUAGAUUACUUUAACAACAAAAUAGUGUGUGACCUUAUAGAGAACAAAGUGAAUCCCCCAGGGAUUAUGAGCAUUUUAGAUGAUGUGUGUGCCACAAUGCAUGCGGUGGGAGAAGGAGCUGACCAAACGCUGCUUCAGAAACUCCAGAUGCAGAUUGGGGCUCAUGAACAUUUCAACAGCUGGAACCAGGGAUUUAUCAUUCAUCAUUAUGCUGGAAAGGUAUCUUAUGAUAUGGAUGGAUUCUGCGAGAGAAAUCGGGAUGUUCUUUUCAUGGACUUGAUUGAACUCAUGCAGAGCAGUGAUUUGCCUUUUAUAAAGGCUCUGUUUCCUGAAAAUCUUCAAGGGGACAAGAAGGGCCGUCCUACCACUGCAGGCAGUAAAAUCAAAAAACAAGCAAAUGACCUCGUUGGCACCCUGAUGAAGUGUACACCCCAUUACAUCCGCUGCAUCAAACCAAAUGAAACAAAGAAGUCUCGAGACUGGGAGGAGAGCAGGGUAAAACAUCAGGUGGAAUACUUAGGUCUGAAAGAAAAUAUUCGAGUAAGAAGAGCUGGCUAUGCCUACAGGCGGGUCUUCCAGAAGUUUUUGCAGAGGUAUGCCAUUCUGACCAAAGCAACCUGGCCUUCCUGGAAAGGAGAAGAGAAACAAGGAGUUCUUCACCUGCUUCAGUCGGUCAACAUGGAUCCUGACCAAUACCAGCUUGGAAAAUCCAAGGUCUUCAUCAAAGCUCCGGAGUCUCUGUUUUUGUUAGAAGAGAUGAGAGAGAGGAAGUACGACGGGUAUGCUAGGGCCAUCCAGAAGGCGUGGAGGAAGUACGCGGCCAGGAAAAAAUACGUACAGAUGAGAGAAGAAGCAUCAGAUCUGUUGCUGAACAAGAAGGAGAGAAGACAGAACAGCAUUAACAGGAAUUUUGUGGGAGAUUACAUAGGCAUGGAGGACCAUCCAGAGCUACGCCAGUUUGUGGGCAAACGGGAGAAGAUUGAUUUUGCAGACACCGUAACUAAAUAUGAUAGACGGUUUAAGAGCGUGAAGAGAGAUCUUGUCCUCACUCCCAAGUGCAUAUACCUGAUCGGGCGGGAAAAGAUAAAGCAGGGUCCAGAGAAAGGCCAAGUGAAGGAAGUGUUAAAGCGAAGGAUGGAAGUGGAGAGAAUUCUUGCUGUUUCUCUCAGCACAAUGCAGGAUGACAUUUUCAUUCUACAUGAACAGGAAUAUGAUAGUUUGCUGGAAUCAGUCUUCAAAACUGAAUUUUUAAGCCUCUUAUCAAAACGAUACGAAGAGAAAACACAAAGAAAACUACCUCUGAAGUUUAGCAAUACACUUGAAGUGAAACUGAAAAAGGAGAGUUGGGGGCCCUGGAGCAGUGGUGGUUCUCGACAAGUGCAAUUUAUGCAAGGCCAAGGAGAUAUAGCCGUUCUCAAGCCAAGUAAUAAAGUGCUGCAGAUCAGCAUCGGACCAGGGCUACCAAAGAAUUCCCGUCCUACUAGACGGAACCUUACCCAAAGUAGAGGGUAUUCCAACAGGUCUCAGAGUCAGACUUACCCUAUGAGAGCCGCACCACCUCCUCCUGGUCAGCAGCAAAACGGAGUAAUAAAUGCCCCACAGUUUGUACCACUGCCCCAUGUCCCAGGAAAUCAACGGGCCAAUCAGAAAAACCUGUAUACAAAUAUGACACGACCAACUUUACCACGGCAACUGUCAGGAGGAUCAGGCAAGAUUUCACAGCAACCAGAAAGCUUGGAUUUCCUGAAAGUACCUGACCAAGGAGCAGCCGG